AACAGCUAUGUUAUGUUAUGAAGACGGGACCGUGCGUCUCUGCCAGGGCGCCUCUGGCUGGGUGUAUAUUCUCGGGCGGCGGAGCAACGAGCACCAACCCAUCGCCAACGGUUCAAGGAGGUCGCCGCCAACUGACACGCGUCCCACUCGCGACAGGUCAGUGUCCCAUCGACAGCUAUGUUAUGAAGACGGGACCGUGCGUCUCUGGCAGGGGACUGUAGGCGUAUGAAAAUGUAGUCCCUUAUGUACGGGCGCACUAUGGGUCUAUUUCAUGGCCAACGGGUUCAAGGAGGUCGCCGCCAACUGACACGCGUCCCACUCGCGACAGGUCAGUGUCCCAUCAACAGCUAUGUUAUGAAGACGGGACCGUGCGACUCUGGCAGGGGACUUCUGGCCGCGUGUACGGGCUAUGGCAGCGGAGCAACGAGCACCAACCCAUGGCCAACGGGUUCAAGGAGGUCGCCGCCAACUGACACGCGUCCCACUCGCGACAGGUCAGUGUCCCAUUUACAUACUGCAGUGUACGUGUACGGGUUGAUACGGAUGCAUGGGUUCAGCUCAUGGCCAACGGGUUCAAGAAGGUCGCCGCCAAGGCCAACUGACCCGCAUCCCACUCGCGACAGGUUAGUGUUAUACUAGGCGCAGA